AUGCAACUGACUGAGAGCGUGGCGUAUCGGUAUUUGAGUUUCUUGAGGGAAACAAGUGCGGCACCGACCUUAGCUGAUGCAACAGUCAAAGCAAUUUGGUUCAUGCACUCCACAGCCAACAUUGUUGACUUUCAUCCAAAAGUUUUCACAUCGCGCAUUACUGGCGUGUGCAGGGACAUGUAUUUGAGGAAGAGGAUCUUGAGGCAAGCACCUCCCUUUCCUGCUGACGUUGUCCGAGCCCUGGAAGAGUACGCACUGCAUGCUGAGAGUAAGGUAGAAUCGAUGUUUACAAAUUUCAUCCUCUUUUGCAUCUUCUCAAGUUGUCGCAUUGGAGAUGCUGCCAAAAUCAGGGACGUAGAAUUUUCCAGAUGCCACGACAUUUUCUUGGUGGAAGCUGCGACCUCAGAGGCAAAGAAUACAAACACCAUGGAGAGACGACGGAUGCUGCUGCCUUUUACAGCCAUUGGUUGGGGCCUUCAUCCGAAUCCUUGGUGCAUCAAAUGGGAAAUGCAGUUGAAAGCAAUGCAACCAGAUACAAUCAUGCCUGCUUUCUCUGAAGUGUCAGGGCAGUUCAUGAAACGACGCAUCACAACAGCGGAAGCCAACUUGUGGCUGCGAGAGGUGCUGGUGCGCUCAGGCCUUACCCCAGUACAAGCCGCCAAGUACAGCACCCACAGCUGCAAGGCAACUAUCCCUACUUGGGCUGGAAAAUUUGGGGGCUUCUCCAUGGACGAGCGUCGCAUGUUAACGCACCACAUGGAUGCCAAUGCUUUGAUGCCACUGUCAUACUCCCGAGACAAUCUGACGGCUUUGCAUUCCAGAGUUUUCAGGAUGUUGACAGCCAUCAGAAAUUUUGAAUUUAAUCCAGAUGAUUCCAAUGCUGCCCGCAUUUUCCAGGAGAACCGUGACCUUCUGGAGGAGCCUGAAGGGCGCCCACAGCCUCCCGGCGAUUGGGCAGCCUCUGAAUCAGAUGUGUCUGAAGAGGAGAGUUUUGUGGAAAGCUGCAAUUUUGUUGGGACCCAGUCGGCGCCAGCCGACACAGUGACUGGACCGAAACUUGUGCACAGAGACUCCUUGGUGGUUCAUGUCAAGCGUGACAACCACACCCUGUGGUGUGGCCGUAAGCUGUCGCAGAACUACCGGCAGUGGCAAGAGGGCGAUCCAGACAUGGCCCAACUGCUGGUUUGCCAACAAUGUGAUAAGGCACGGGCACGUGCCAUUGGUGUGCCCGAAGGAUUUCUGGUUGAGCUUCAAGGCUGCAAUUUGGAUACCUUUGGACAAUGGGCGUUUUGCUGCCAAUGCGACCAGAACAGUGUGGAUGACUCUCCCAUACAGACCGCUGUAGAAGCCUUACUGGGGCGUGCUGUUACCCCCCAGGAAAUGGUUUUGUGCAGAAGGCUAUACUUUGAAGGCCGAACCUAUGCAGCUUCAGACAUGCAGGCAAGGAUUGAUCGUUCAGCAGAUGAUAAACCCAGAGCCAUGCCACUUGCAGAACGCAUGGCCAGAAUCGAGCGCCAGAAAGGUGAUUUGAUAGGUGUCACAUGGACGGCCGAGCUGGAGCCAUCCCACAAGUUAGUUGACAAGAUUGUGGCGAUGCAGGAUGAGGGCGCUUUGUUAUUCAUACCACCACAUGCUUGCGUCAGUAGAGUGCAAGAGAUCCAUCAAGAGAAGCACGAGGUCGCCCUUACUUUCGACUCAGCUGGCAAUAUCCGCAUGGGCAAGAAAGCAGAGGAGCUCAAGUGCGACACCAACGGCGAUCUCAACCUGCGGAACGCCUGGACAAGAAGGAACCUGGCGUAUGAUCAGGCUGGACUUGCGAGCUUUGUGGUUUUGGAGAAAUGGACAACAAAGUUGAUGCUGGCCAAACUUAAGGAGCCACCACCUGGAUACCGAUACAUCACCACACAGCAAAUCUGUGAAUGCGACAAAGAGAUGUGGCUGCUACUCUCUCAGCUCUCGAGGGGGAAGCUGCAGCCAAUGGCACCUGAUAUAAGACCACUGGAUACUCUCAUCGAGCAAAUCACAACCUCUCCUGAGGUCCUAUGCUUUUUGGCGCCGCUGCCAAGUGCGAAACGUGAAGCCAGUGAUCAUGCCGAUACCCCAGGGCCCAAAAAGCCCAAGCCUAGCCCUGGGGGACCAUCGGCAACAACGAAGCCGACACCACAGGCCGCUGACCAGUCUGCCGGUGCCACCAACUGGUCAGGAGUGUUUUCCCUGGCCACGGAAAAAGCGGGAUGCCAAGUCUUUGCAGUUGACCAUCAGGCCAACCGUUUCACGCCAAAGGGUUGGGUUUCCGAUACAGCAGCAAAAGCAGAGUACCCUGCCAAUAUUGCUGGCCCUAGUCAGCAUGCGCACGCACAGCAAUACCGUGCGCUACAGCAGCACUUUGAGGCUUCCCAUUGGCUACCAGCGGAUGCCAAACCAGUUGCAAAUGGAGAGCCACUGCCACCUAAAACAGCGGGGGAAGAAGUUGAGGUGGCUGCCGCCGUGCGGUCUAGUAGAGGUCACCUACAUGGACGUGGUCUCAAAGUAGGAGUUGGGACGGAACCGGAAUUUCGCGUUACAAAGGAGCUAUAUCUUCAUCAUCCAAUGGAUACAACAAUAGCGCAGCUCGACCCUCUGGACAAAGCCCUUUUGGCCGCGCUCACCAAAGAACCGGCAGUGCGCGUCAGAGAUUGUUUGGAAAUGCUGAGGCUCUACAAAGCCCUUUUGGCCAUGCUCACCAAAGAACCAGCAGUGCUAGUCGGAGAUUGUUUGGAAAUGCCGAGGCUCUACAAAGCCCUGUUGACCAUGCUCACCAAAGAACCGGAAGUGCUUGCCAGAGAUCGUUUGGAAAUGCUGAAGCUCUACGGUGAUAGAGCAGCUGACCUGCUUGCUGCGGAGACGGAGUUGCAUAACAAGCUUCUUGCGCAUGGCCAAGGAGCUGUUCAAGGCAAACGCCUAAUGCUUUUUGGAGAAUGUUUGAAGGCCCACUCUUUUCCAGGCAUGAGAGUUGUGCAUGUUUUUACGGAAGAUAAUUACCAUGAGAGUGGACACGUAGAUAGGCUUGUUGAGCUGUCGCAAGAAGAAGUGGUAGAGCUCCUUCUCAAGGAGCCAUUUUUCUUAGAAGAGGAAGUAUCAACAGAGCUGGGCAUGACAUUUUGGACGCUGACUAGCAGCUUCCUGCUCGUGCGGGGGGAUGACGGAAAGGAGCGCACCAUUGAUGGCUACAGACGGCGCCCUGAUGACACGGCCCUUCAUUCCAGGUUGCACCUGGGGCUGCACUAUGUAAAGGUGGCGCCUGCUUUGGAAACUCGCCUAAUAUGCCUGUUGCGGGUAGGGCCACAUGUUCCAAUUCAACUUCGCGACGGCACUGGUUUGCGAGGUGGGCUUUCCCGAACGGCUAGGUCUGACAAGGCCUUUCUAUGGGGGUGCUUUGACUUGCCAAAAGCCUACAAGCAACUGGCGACGAGUGUGCGAGCCUUAGGUGUCCACAGCUUUGACGAGAUAACCAGGGCCCUACAGGUUUUACUUUGGGAAGACUUGGGGACACAAACCACAGAUUUUUAUGAUGGCUACCCAACCUUUUAUUUUACUGUUGCUGCAAUGAACACCACCCAAGUGGUAUCGGGCUUUUCCAAUGCUUGGUCGGAGACGUGCAGUGAAUGCAAGGGCUCCGAAACUUUGAAUCGGGGUUUGCAAUGGGCAAAGCUUUACAGCCAGAAGCGCGGGGGUACCCGUCCUUGGCAAUGGGAGCAGCCUUUCCCCUUGCAACCUCGGCGAACCUGUGCGAACACUCCUGAUGGCCCUCAAGAAGUUCAAAUGCAGAACCUGCAGCUUUGGAUCAAGCAGAUGAUGAGAGCGUUUCUGGAGAUCCAAUUCCAGAAAGUGCAGUGUUUGAGACGCCUUGGAACUUGUGAGACUGAAGAGCGCAAGGCACUCUACCAGCAGAGGCUUGUGGUGCUUCGACAGGUGAUGCAAUCUUGUCGAAGUGGCGACCCUGAGACACGUUUUGCUGCAAGUCAGAUGACAAGGUCAAUGCAAGAUUUGUCUGAUGACGAGGAGUCGCCAUUGCAUCAGAUGAGCUACAUCCAAGUGGUGAAUGAGAUGGAUGCAGCAGAACAGGCCUUUCACAUUGGUUCUGCCAUAGCAGAUACUGUCAGCGCAGGUUCCAGCAAUGAUCAUGUGGGUGAAAGCAGACAUGUUGAUGCCGUUGCAGCCAACCUGAUGCGCAUGCUUGAUGAAGAUGAUGAAAAUCAAGAAGAGGAAAGCGAUUCCGAUGAUUGGAUGGAAACAGAAAGCCAACGUCGCCAACGCUACCUCAACAGUGAGUUGUGCGAGUGUAGUGACCCAGAUGAAUGGAUGGCAUAUCACCACGGUUCAGACCCCGUUUCAGACUCUGAUGGAUCGUGA